UGUGUGCGUGUGCGUUUGUGUGUAACAAUCCCCCUCUUUCGCUCGCGAAGAAAUCAAACGGGAGGGAGUUGAAAGACUUCGCGAAAGCUUUUUGUGGUUUGUCACAUUGUUCCAACAGCUCCCCACCCCCUCCCCAGUUGUUUGCCACCGAACUUCGGGCGGCGGUUGUGUGUGCGUUCGAAGGAAUCUUUUGCACCAGCAAAUAGUCAUCGAUCGUGUACAUCUGUCGCAAGAUCAGCCCGAGCGCACUGUUACCGCAUCCGUUUCGUGGGGCUGUGUGUGUGUGAGUGUGUUGGGCCAGCAAGAGUGAGCAAGAGGGGAACUGCCAAAUUUUCCGUAUGACAAGUGGGUAGGCUCACACAGUCAUUUUUUUUCGGACAAGCUAGCCCACCCGAAGGAGUCGCGGACAGUACGAAGUCGGUCAGUUGCUGGUGCUUUGUCGUGUGGGACGGUCGCGAGUCGUUGGUUUGUCUGGAGAGAGAAGCAGUUCCGUCGUAGCAGUUCUAGCAUGCGCUUAUCGGUCGUAUAGGGAGGUGGUUUCUAUGUGUUGCGGAAUAAGGAAAACCAAUCCAGUGCAUGAUCAGUGAUCGUAAGCUCCAACAAUCCAGCUCCCCGGACGGACCAAGCGAAAAAUGUCCAGCUCGGCACGAAUGCGGAUGGAAUGGAUUUGAUGUAGCAAGAUCAGUACCUCAUUUCUAGUGUUAUCAGCCACGAUAUAGGCCACCGUAAGUCUAUAUGCUGCCCAGAAUUAUAAGUGCAAGUGUAUUCCUUCCCUUCGAUCGAGUGAUCGAAGGACGGUUGUGAUAACGAACGCCUCCGACGGAAUCUUCCUAAAUUGGUGAACACUGUUUUGGAGGAAUAAAAGUGAGAUUCCGCGAAGUGGAGGUUUCACGCUCCGGAAGAAGCCCUUCGCUAGCUGGAGCGCCACGUCACACGUCACUGCUGAUCUGUGCUGAUUUCGAAGUUACUGCUGAUACAAACACCCAAUACCGAAAAUGAGUGUCGCGGACAACUUUACCGACUUCUACUCCGGCACGUCGUUCGUCUUCCGCAUGGCAGUGGACGAGUACAAUGCGGAGCGUAACUGGACCGGCCUGAUCGACCGCUACUGGCUGAUCGUGGAGGAGCUGAUCGCCGAUCCCCGAGCGAAACAGCUUCCCUUCAUGGACAAUCCACUGCCGACGCUCGGUAUGAUCAUCUGCUACCUGCUGUGGGUUCUCCUGAUCGGUCCGAUGUACAUGCGCGACCGGAAGCCGAUGGACUUGCGCCGAGUAAUCAUCUUCUACAACCUGUUUCAGGUGCUCCUCAGUGGCUACAUGUUCUACGAGCACCUGAUGGCCGGUUGGGUGAGGGGAUACAGUCUGACGUGCCAAACGGUGGAUUACAGCGACAGUCCGCUUUCGAGAAGGAUGUUCAACCUCUGCUACGUGUACUAUCUCUCGAAGCUGUCCGAGUUUGCCGAUACGGUGUUCUUCGUGCUCCGCAAGAAGCAGUCACAAAUUACCGACCUGCACGUCUACCAUCACUCGCUCACACCGAUCGAGGCGUGGAUACUGACAAAAUUCAUUGCCGGUGGUAAUGCGACGCUGCCGAACGUGAUUAACAACUUCGUCCACGUGCUGAUGUACUUCUACUACAUGCUGUCGGCGAUGGGAUAUCGCGAUAUCUGGUGGAAAAAAUACAUGACGGAAGUUCAAAUUAUUCAAUUUAUCAUCUGCAUUGCGCACUGCAUCAACGCACUCGCCACGGGCUGUCCGUUCCCGCGCUUCAUCACCACGCUGCUGCUGAUCAAUGCGUCCAUCUUUCUGGCCCUGUUCAUGAACUUCUACAUCGAGAGCUACAAGCGCAAAUCGAAAUCGGCCGCCGCGAAGGCCGCCAGCACGGCCGCCACACCAUCGAUCGAACCAGCGGCGCAGGAAGCGUCCGGUGUGCAGGACCUGCCAGCCGGCGAAGUGCCAACCCUGCCAACCCUGCCAACCAAAGCUGACCAAAGUGGGAUCCCGGCCGAGUCGCUGGAAGCCGCCGUACCCGACGCUGCACCUUUGGAAGACAUUAACAACAACAGUAGCCGAACGGAGCUACUCGAAUCGGUGAAGAAGCUGGCUGAGGAGCCACUGUGUGAAGCGGAUGAGUCGAAGGUGGAGGGAAGUACCGCCGAGGAUGUGUUCACUGAAGCGCAAACCAAACAGCAACAGGAGCCGACCGGGCUACGGCAACGGCUAGUGGUGGAGCAUGGCGAGGAAACGCGAACGGGGUCAACGCAGCUGGCCGAGCUUGCCAGUGGAUGAGUCAAGCGAGCUCGUUUCGAAGUCGGGCGAAAACAAAAUGAAGGAAAUUCCAUGUCUGCGUGUGUGUGACUGUAUGUGUGUAUGUAUGAAUGUAUGUGUGUGUGUGUGUGAGUCGCAUUUUCUUUUAUAAAAACAAAAAACAGCAUACAAAAACGACAAAACCAACACAAUCUAGCCCAAGUCGCCCCAAACCUAGGAGAUAGUGGUCACCGCAAGUUAGUCAGUACGCGUGAAGUAAAGCAGUUUCUACGGGGGUCCCGCGCAGGUUUCUCUAAACAGCCCAAUCAAUGUAUAAAUAAUGCGCACCACCCCCUGUGCAGCAAAACGUGGAGCCAUCGCCACGGACUGAAGUGGAUGCGUUGCAAGGAUGAAGGAGAUUUAGCAUAAGCGAACCGUGUUUUGUGUGAGUGUGAGAGAAUACAGAGACACAAAAAAUGCAGUAACACAUUCAUAAUUGCGUCACGUUCUUGUACUGGUGUGUGUGUGUGUGUGUGAGAGUUUGUGGGUGAAAAGAGUCUGAAAAAGACGCUUUUUAGGGCUUGUUAUCUUCGAUUCACCGAAAGGUUCUGCCGACGCGGAGAGGUAACGACGCUUGUGCCUCGUCCGACCAGACAAGGCUUUACAUGUUUUCCGUUUUUUUUUUUGCAUUAUUUUGUCGUCGUUGCUGCACUUCAGCCUCUUAAUCGUGCCUACGGCCGGAAUCGGCGUGCAAAGGACGUGCAGAACUCUGGUCUAGAGUCUGAAGUGUUUUUCACUUACCGACCAUUACACAGCCUCCUUCCUGCUUACACUCGUUCAUCUUUUCUGCAUUUCGCCUACCAACCAGCCUGCUGCUGGGGCGAGAUGCAAUUUAUCGCUCGCCAGCACCAGCACUGCAUAAGCGCUUUGUAUUUGGAAUAUUGCGUCGUGCUUUGCGAUGCUUGUAUGGGUGGGUCUUCACUGUACAAGGAGAGUUUUGUAGUACAAUUUUUUCAUCGAAAAAAGGCUUCUCGUUGCAAUAUCAGAAUUUGUACCAUCUUUUCAUCCUUUGGUUGUACUUGCAGAUAGAAUGGAACACUUGUACAUAUCGUCAAGCUUGAUAAAGGGAAAUAUUUAAGAUUUUUAUAUGAAUCUUUA